AUGGCCCCUGUUGCUGCCCCCGUGACACACGUCUCCUCCUCUCGACGGCCUUUCAACUCGAAAUCUGGCGAUAGGUCAGUCGCAGAUGCAGUCCCGGUCGAGAGGCAAGCCCAUUUUGAGAAGCGCCAGGAGCCUUCGCCCUUCGAUGGCGUCCGGGAACGGAGGCGCAAGGCCGGCAAGCUGAUAGCAGGCGUCGCCGCGGCUUCGGAUAGUGACAUGUUCAAGGCACCUGCGGUGGGCAAACCCAAAGCAAAGAGAUGGGAUAGUCACCUCUCAGCAGAGUCUCUAUCACGGCACCCCUGCUCCCUGAAGCAGGCGGCCCGCCACCUCAAGAAGCCGGGCCUCAUCUCCCUCGGCGGCGGCCUGCCGUCGAGCGCCUACUUCCCCAUCGCCGAGCUCUCCCUCCGCGUCCCCACGGCCCCGCACUUCUCCGAGGCGGAGACCAUCUCCUCGGGCCAGGUCCUCACCGUCGGCAAGUACGACACCCGCGACCCGGAGAAGGACGCCGAGUACGACCUCUCCAUCGCGCUCAACUACACCCAGUCCACCGGCUCCGCGCAGAUGAUGCGCUUCGUCACUGAGCACACCGAGCUCGUGUACAACCCGCCCUACGCCGACUGGCAGUGCUGCCAGACCGUCGGCAGCACCGGCGCCCUCGAGCAGACGCUGCGCAUGUUCUGCGACAAGGACCGGAACGACAGCGUCCUGACCGAGGAGUACAGCUUCUCCACCGCCCUCGAGACCAUCGCCCCGCUCGGCGUCAAGGCCGUCGGCGUGCCCAUCGACGCGGAGGGCCUCCUCCCGGAGGCCAUGGACGAGAUCCUCACGAACUGGGACCCGGCCGCCCGCGACGGCCGCAGGAAACCGCACCUGCUCUACACCGUGCCUUCAGGCCAGAACCCCACCGGCGCGACGCAGUCCGCCGCCCGCCGCAAGGCCAUCUACGCCGUCGCCCAGAAGCACGACAUCUACAUCAUCGAGGACGAGCCGUACUACUUCCUCCAGAUGCAGCCCUACACCGGCCCCGAUGCCCCCGCGGCCCCGCCCCCGGCGUCCGUCGACGAGUUCCUCAAGACCCUCAUCCCGUCCCUGCUGAGCAUGGACACCGACGGCCGCGUGCUGCGCAUGGAUUCCUUCUCCAAGGUCCUCGUGCCCGGGUCGCGGCUCGGAUGGGUGACGGCGUCGGCCCAGGUCAUCGAGCGCUACAUCCGCCACGCCGAGGUCGCGAACCAGGGCCCCGCGGGCCUCUCGCAGAUUGCGGUCUGGAAGCUUCUCGACGAUACCUGGGGCCACGAGGGAUAUCUGCAGUGGCUGAUGAACCUGCGCAUGGAGUACACCAAGCGCCGCGACUGGCUGCUCGCCGCGUGCGAGAAGCACCUGCCAAAGGACGUCGUCAGCUGGACGCCGCCUGCCGCCGGCAUGUUUUUGUGGCUUACGGUAGACCAAUCCCGUCACCCCGACGUCUCCUCGCGCCCUCUCCUUGAGAUCGAGGAGGAGAUCUUCGACUCUUGCAUCGACAAGGGUGUCCUCUGCGCCAGAGGCUCCUGGUUCCGCACCGAGCAGGACACGCCGUUGAAGGACCUCUUCUUCCGCGCCACGUUCGCCUCGGCCAGCGAGGAGGACAUGGACAAGGCUAUCCAGCGUCUGGGCGCCGCCAUCCGGGAGAGUUUCCGUCUUUGA